ACUAACAUUAAGUUUGUUUCAGCCUUUGGGUCUACUGGAAAGUUCCUGGUACUCGGAAUAUUUUAUCACAGCAUGUGGGAAUAAAAAAACCAAAAAAUUCCUAGACAUAUAAAUAGUUUGUUGUAAAUCCAUUAAACAGCGCCUGCCAGGAGUAAUAUCAAAGGCUCUUCUCUCCUUCUAUCCAGAAGAUCAGGCCGGAACCCUAGCUAUCUAGCCCGACGCCAUGGAGACCACAGGAGGACCUAAACCCGACCAUGGAUGGCGUGGAUCAAAUCGACAGGAGGUGGAUCCUCCAAGACCUAACUCCUCCCCCAUGCAUUUUUCGGCACUGGAUUUCGUGGUGAGCGAGGCAAGAAGGUAUAAGAUGCGGUUAAUACUGUCACUAUGUAAUAUUUGGGAAGAUUAUGGAGGGAAGGCACAGUAUGUAAGAUGGGGCAAGGAGGCUGGCGUGGAUCUUACUUCUGACGAUGACUUCUUCUCUGAUCCAACACUUAAAGGGUACUACAAAGCUUUUGUUGAGGUAAAUUUCGGGUUCCUUACCUCAGAUAGCCAUCGGAAAUGGGUUCUUGAUAUCUAUCAUGUUGCGUGACCAAUGGAAAUCAUAAUAUGCUUAGCUAUAUGAAAUGAUACCAGCAAAUUGUUAUUGCUAAUUGAGGUGUACUUAGGUAGACCCAUCCCCCCUCCACAAAACAUAGAAGGGCAACGUAUACCCACCUCGUACUUUACACUGCAGGCCGUCGUACGUACGUAAUACGAGGUGGGUACAAUGUGAGGUAUGUACGACGGUAUGUUAGUGUACAAUACGAGGUGGGUAUACGUUUCCCCUUCUAUGUUUUGUGUCUAAGUGUUGCUAAUUUUAGUUUGCCAUCUCUGAAUUCUAUAGUACUGUAUUCCUGUUAUACCACAGUUCCAAUACUGUGCAUAUGGUUCCGUGAAACUUUCAUGCACACAAUGUACAACAAUUUAUUGGGCUCUUGGGAGAGUGGAAUGGUUGGACGAGGCUGCCUUCUAUGGCAGCUCUUCCGUGAAGGUGCAGAACACAUGGACGAUGGUUAUGUAGUUAUUUUUGCCAAAUCACCAUCCACAUUCAACCUACUUGCAAAUCACUCAAGGAAGCUAGAAUGAUGAGAGCAUGCUCCUUCCCCUUCCCCUGCUACGGCUCCGUUCGGUAUACAGGAAUGUCGCAGGAACUUUUAAAUGACCAGUUUCCGUAGGAACUUUUAAAGGACCAGUUCAGUAUGCAUGGUUUUUGAAGCCAAGAUUUUACUAUAAAGUUGAAUGCCUUAUGUAUAUCAUGUACCCUAAUAGCUGGUCUCUGGUUCAAAAGAACGUGAUACCAUGAAAAAAGGUAGAGAUUGAAUUGUGCAAUAAAAAUUUGCCCCUCCAUCCUGCA